AUUCCUUCACCUCACACAUUCUAUAAAAGGGCCUUCACAAAUUAAUCCAUCCAUCUUAGUCAUUGAGAAAGAAGAACCGAUCCGUUAUUUGAGAUAAAAGGGAAAUGUUUAGAAACCAUUUACCUCAGAGGGAAUGGUUAAGGUAACCAUAGUUGGAAGAAUGAGCGAUGGAUUGCCUCUAGCACAAGGACUGAGAUAUAUGAAUGAAGAGUAUGCAUAUCUUUCAUGUUACAGGCAACAAGCAGAGUUCAUUCUCCAAGAAAUUUCAAGGGGAGCACUAAUAGCUUCCAAGAUGACUAUUCAUUUCACAAUUUCUGCUUCAAGUAUCCUUCCCUCUUAAUUUUUGUUCAGUUCUUACAAUUUCCUUCGAAGUCCGUUUUGGUUCUUAUAUCGAUGAAGUUGCAAUUUUCUGUUAUGCCCUUUAUCAGAGGCUAAUCUUUCAGAAAACAGAGUUUAUGUUGAGUCUAUAAACAUUCCAUUUGAACCAUAGAGUUUAAGUUAAUGGAACUUGCCUUUAGGCUUUGUUUUCCUGUCUUGUUUCUAAAGUCGCAAUUCUAUUGCAAUAAAUUUGAUUAUGAUAAAAUAUGUAUUCUUUUAAAGCUACAUGGUCGAGAACGGAGUUGUUUUCAUUGUAUUAAGUGAGUCUACGUACCCAAGAAAACUGGCUUUUCAUUACCUACAAGAUAUUCAAAAGGAGUUUGAGAAGUUUGAUAAAACCCUCAUUGGCAAAAUCACAAGCCCAUACAGCUUUAUCAAAUUUGAUGGUAUAAUUGCAAACAUCAGCAGACAGUACAUUGACACAAGAACUCAGGCCAACCUGUCAAAACUUAAUGCUAACCGGAAACAAGAUGUAGAUGUUGCUAGUCAAGAUUUUUACGACAUUGUAGAAAGGAAGAGAAAUUCAGAAACAAUGAGAAGAUUACCGGUUACUCCUCAACCUGAAUCCACAAUAUGGUGUUCUCCACGUCUUGAGGCGAUUGCUUUGGAAUGGACACCUAUUAUGAUCCUUGUAAUUACUUCUAUGGCUCUUCUAUGGGCUACCUUAGUCCUCACAGAUGACUUUAUUAUUUCAAUGCUGGAACUUAAAGAAAUGGUCCACUGGUAUUAAAUAUGAUGCAACAUUGAAGUUGCAGAAAAUAUAAAGACAUGGACUGGCCCCUCCGCCACCACGCAAUCCAGGAAACACAGAGAAAGAGAGAGAGAUCCAAAUUGAAGAAGAAAAUUUCUGAUUUGUCAGAGUUUCUACUUUCUACCUUGAAAGUGAAAUAUUUCCUUUUAAAUGAACCAGUACUCUGACUUGUGUACUCACACGAGUUGCCAAUUGAUAUUUAUAUGUAUGUAUUAAAUGGCGUGUAAAUAUAGAAAAUAAUUUAUAUCUAUCAAACUAGUAAAUUUUCUAGACAGAGUUCACUGUUUCGUCAAAUUUCUCAUUAUAUUUCCCUUUUUCUAUUUUAACUUUUCUUAAUUAUUUAAAAAUAUCAUAUCCAUACUUUCAGAUUUUUAAGCGGGUGAAAAAUAAUAAUCAUUAUUACAGCACUAGUAGAUUAUUCUACUGUAGUUCCAAAUAUUCAACUUACUUUUGAACUGUUUUUUCUUAUUCUGGGAAACUACUUAAAUGUUUGAAAAAAAGGCUUUCCCAAACAUACUCUAAUAAGUUGGUAUUCACGUUGUGUAUUGGCGUAUCUGAUAGAAGUGGUAAGGAGUGUUUGUAAAAUUGACUUGUAAGGAUUUAAUUACUUCGUUUUAACCUUAGCGUGAUAUUUCGUAGUAAUUUUCACAUGCAUGUCCAAAACUGUAGACAUUAGCCAAAUAGCACUUAAUCAAAU